AUGACAGAAGCUGAAAAGAUGGAUCCCCGCAGAUUGCCUUCAAAGUCACCGGCCGAGUUCAGGGAGUUUUCUUCCGGUAUGCUCUCAUCCAUUUGUUGUGUUGUUCAAUCUUGUCAGCGGGGAAGAGCACGUCAAACGACUAACGUCAAGCUAUCUAGCCGCUUCACCAUCAACCAAGCGAAGGCUCUUGGCUUGACUGGUUAUGUGCAAAAUGCCCGUGACGGAAGUGUCGUUGGUGAGGCUCAAGGGCCCGAAGACGAUAUCCAGAGAUUAGUCGAGCAACUAAAUAAAGGACCUCCGGCAGCGAAGGUCGAGAGUGUGGAGCUAAAGGACAUAUCAACAAAGACCGGCGAAACUGGGUUUGGCCAACAUUAA